GCGAAAGGGUGUCCCGCCUCUUCCGCUUUUACACAGGAGGUCGCAGCGGCGCCUGCGCGUCCACUGCCAGGGUCAGCAGGCCGAUCCCCUGGGCGGAACACCAGCGCCUGGCGGAGCCGCGCCCGGGGGGUCCAUGGCGAUGAGCUAUAACUCGAAGGAUGAGGUGGACGGCGGGCCUCCGAUCGCUCCCGGGGGCGCCGCCAAGAACCGGAGGCCGGAUAACACGGCCUUCAAACAGCAUCGCCUGCCGGCUUGGCAGCCCAUCCUUACGGCUGGCACGGUGCUCCCUACCUUCUUCAUCAUCGGCCUCAUCUUCAUCCCCACUGGCAUCGGCAUCUUCGUCACUUUCAAGAACAUCCUCGAGAUCGAGAUUGAUUAUACCGGAAUAGACCCUUCCAGUCCCUGCAAUAAAUGUUUGUCCCGGAAUGUGACACCUUGUAUUUGUACAAUUAACUUCACACUGGAACAGUCAUUUGAGGGCAAUGUAUUUAUGUAUUAUGGACUGUCUAAUUUCUAUCAAAACCAUCGUCGUUAUGUGAAAUCUCGAGAUGAUAGUCAACUAAAUGGAGAUCCUACUGCUUUACUUAAUCCCAGUAAGGAAUGUGAGCCUUAUCGAAGAAAUGAAGACAAACCAAUUGCUCCUUGUGGAGCUAUUGCCAACAGCAUGUUUAAUGAUACAUUAGAAUUGUUUCUGGUUGUCAAUGGAUCAUUUUCAACGGCAAUUCCUUUGAAAAAGAAAGGUAUUGCUUGGUGGACAGAUAAAAAUGUGAAAUUUAGAAAUCCCCCUGGAGAAGGCCCCCUAGAAGAACGAUUCAAAGAUACAACAAAGCCAGUAAACUGGGUUAACCCAGUAUACUUGCUGGAUUCUGACCAAGAUAAUAAUGGAUUCAUAAAUGAAGAUUUUAUUGUUUGGAUGCGUACUGCAGCAUUGCCUACUUUUCGUAAGUUAUAUCGUAUUAUAGAGCGGAAAAGUGAUUUACAUCCAACGUUACCAGCUGGAGACUACUUUUUGAAUAUCAAAUACAAUUACCCUGUACAUUCUUUUGAUGGACGAAAACGGAUGAUCUUAAGCACUAUUUCAUGGAUGGGAGGAAAAAAUCCAUUUUUGGGAAUUGCUUAUAUCACCACUGGAUCCAUCUCCUUCCUUCUGGGAGUUGUAUUGCUAGUAAUUAAUCAUAAAUAUAGAAACAGUAGUAAUACUGCUGACAUUACCAUUUAAUUUUAUAUUCUGAAAACAAACUUACCGCAUGUACAUCAAGGCCAGUUCUGUUCAGCCUAGCUUUUGAAUGCCGAUGUCUGGUUAGUAUGUCAUUUUUGAGGUUGGCAUACCACUUUUUAUUUAAAAAAGUCUUUGUCCUUUACUUCAUUCCUAUGGAUGACUUAUGAAAAUAUAUGAUGGUUAUAAAACAAAUUAACUUUAUUGAUCAUGUCAGCACUGUAACUACUGAAAUGGCAUUCUAAUGUUUGCUUUUUGAUGGGACAGCCCAUAUGCAUAGAGCCUCUAUCAUGUGAAAUGUGUCUGCUGCUUAAAUGUUUAUGCUGUGUUGAUAAAUAUUAUAUUGACAUACGUGCUGUAUAUGUGUGCCUAUUGUGUAAAGAGAGGAAUUACAAGAUGUAUGAGUAUAAUGAUUUGCUAACCUUCAGGAUUCAAAGUUAUGAAAAAAUGAAGAAAGACCAAAUCUAAAUAAAACACUUCAUCAUUG